AUGGCCCUAGCCGCAGAUAUAAGCGCAUUGUUAGACGAUCUAAUCACUGUCAUUGCAAAAACAUCAGACAAGGCAUCUCAUGCCCCGACUACAUCGCGUUUCAAGAGACUGAAGAGCAAUGCGGAGAGUACGAUCAAGAACAACAGGUCAACGCGAACCGACCAGUUCGCGGUGGCCCGUCAGCUAGAUGGUCUCCAGGAGAAAUUCCAGGUGCUGAACCAUGAUGAUCUGGCUGACGCGUUACGUCUCCGUCUGGAUGAGCUCAACCAGCAUGAUAGUCCGUGGUUCCCGGAGAUCUUGUCUCUAUUCCUGCAGCUCUCAGAUAGACCAGCAACGUUAUCAAAACCGGAGAAAAUUGAGCUGCUCAAGCCGCCGGAACCUCCGCGGUCACUGACUUGGUCUGAAAUUGACCCUGCAGGUGCAGCAUACUGCGAUGACAAUAUCUGGGACGAUAUUGACUACGGCGAAGAGACCUCGGACGAUGAUGUCUCGACCGUGUCAAGCGAUGUGUCCAUCCCGAGGAUCGUGCCGCAGAGUUCCAAAGUCGCUCCGGAUGACUAUCUCAUCCCAGAAGAAGUAUUCUCACACGGAGAAGACGAAGGAUUGAUUUCUGCGAUCAAGAGCUCUCAGUUUUGGAAGGCUGAGGCAGUGACCCGCGGCGAGGAUUACUCCUGCCCGGUCACAGAACUACAAGUGGUCAGAGAAACUAUUUUUAUGCUUCAGGGGCUUCCAGCAUCGUUGUAUUGGCGCCUUGAUGACAGUAUCGAAGUAGACCGGAGAUAUGUUCUCCGCCAUUCCUCGAACCAAGCAUUUUCCGCACUGCUUUGCUCGUUCAGCUCUCUAGGAGCUAAGAUAGACGCAUUGCGGAGAUUUGUUAAGAUCCCGCAAUCGGUCCUCUAUGUGCAGACUUUCCAUCGUGGUAUUGAAGAAUGUCUAUCAAUGUUUGAUGCCGCGUUGUCAAACAUGCACGCACGUUAUCUUUCCAAGAGCACAGCAACCACCGUUAGCUUGUUGCAGCUUUUUGAGGAUGUUCAAAGGGAGUCACGACUACUGAUUCCAUUAGCCAACUUACUGGAGGGCCUCAGAUCCCGUCCAUCUCAGGACUCUUUCGAAUGCCUUGACAGGCUUUAUGACUUAGUAGGUACAUGCCAGGCAGCAGGUGCAGACGAUGAGUUUGCAUACUUUGCGAAACUGUUCUUCGCUUGCUUUGAGUCGUAUAUCAAACCCAUACGACUGUGGAUGGAGACAGGACAGCUGGACACUUCUCAGGGCACGUUUUUCGUCUCAGAAGCCGCUGAUAGAAACUCUGAUCUGCGAACCCUCUGGCAUGAUUGGUAUAUGCUGGACCAGAAAGAGGGUCGUCUGUACGCUCCCAAGUUUCUGAAGCCGGCUGCCCGGAAAGUAUUCACUACGGGAAAGAGCAUGAUCUUCCUUCGAAAUCUCAACAUCGCGCCGGAGAAUCUGAAUCAAUUAGAGAGAACGUCGCUUUCUUUCGAAGAUGUCUGUCCGGACGAUUCGUCGCUUUUAGUUCCUUUCGCCGGACUAUUGGAGACGGCCUUUGACCGGCUGAUCGAGGCAAAUCACGCAUUUACAUCGUCUUUGCUGCGACAGCAGUUGGAUAGCCAAUGCGGUCUCUGGAUCUCACUCCAGGCUCUCGAGUACAUCUACCUGUGCAGGGACGUGACCAUCUCCAGCUCCGUAGACUACAAAAUCUUCGAAUUGAUCGACAAAGGACGCCGGGCAUGGAACGAUAGAUUCCUCAUAACGGAGCUGGUGCAGGAAGUCUUUGGUGAACUUCCUUGCGUGGACACCUCCAGGCUUAUCAUGCGAUCGUCGCCUGGGUCCUACCGGGACGUCGACAACCGUGCUCGAUCUGUGAAGAUUUUGAAGUCUCUCUCCAUUGAUUAUAUCCUCCCCUGGCCAGUGGCCAACAUCAUCACAAAAGACGCUAUCCAAGCCUACCAGCGCGUAUACACCUUCCUCCUGCAGAUCCGACGAGCAAAGUACGUCGUCUCGAAGCAACGCUUCCCAAGAGGCCCCGACCGGGGCAUCGAAUACGAAGACGAGGAGGAGAAUCUUUGCUACGCCAUCCGCCACAACCUCCUCUGGUUCAUCAAUAUUCUCUACAGUCAUUUGACAGAAAUGGUCAUAUCGACCACGACAGCAAAGAUGCAAAAAGAACUCUCCGCAGCCACGGAUGUCGACGGCAUGAUCACCGUCCACCGAUCCUACAUGACCUCUCUCGAAGACCAAUGCCUCCUUUCAAAGAACCUCGCUCCCAUCCACCAAGCUGUAAUCAGCCUCCUCGACCUCUGCAUUCACUUCUCAGACGUCCGAUCUUCCCGACACGCCGAGAAUGAAUUCGACCAGACAAACCGAUCGUUCCGAACCUCGAUACUCAGCUACGAGCAUUUCUCACACCGAAAGAAGCGACGUCGAAGACGACAAAACACAGACGACACAUCCGACGAAGACGAUGACGAUGAUGAUGACGAGGAAGAUAGCAUGUACGACGAAGGCAACACAACAGGCAACAUCUCCUUUGCCGAAUCAUCUUAUGGCCACCGUCUGCGGAGCCUAAAGAGCCAAUUCGAGCAACUGCUCGCCUUUGUAGCAGCCGGUCUGCGAGGCGUCGGCCGAGUCGAUGGACAACUAAGCUGGGAAAUGUUAGCAGAGAGGUUAGAGUGGAAAAAGGAACGGUUUGUGGGCGCUUAA